UGGUGACACACACACACACACACACACACAGGCGCACGGACUCCCCUUCACGAGCUCCCCUCGUUCGCUACGGGAAACUCUCAAAAACUCCACCAUAACCUUCAUCUUCGGAGCCCUUAAGAGGAACACACACACACACGCGCGCGCGCGCUCGCUCGCUCGCUCAGUGAAAGUCAGGGUGCGAGCAGGGCGCAGGGGCAGACCGCUCCGUGCGCCUUCACCAAAAAGCGCCGAAUUUAGAGAGUGUGUGUGUGUGUGUGUGUGUGUGAGAGAGAGAGAGAGAGAGAGAGAGAGAGAGAGUGUGUGUGAAUGUGUGUGAAUGUGUGUGAGUGUGUGUGUGUUCUAUCCCGAUAUGAAGCGGAGCUCAGCGCUCGGAUGGCUGCUCCUCUGGACUUUAUUUCCAGCGGGAUUAUUAGUAUUAAACCGGGAGAAAACCAAACACUGCAGCAAGGACGACACGAGCGAGCUGAACUCGUUCCUGUGGACAGUAAGACGUCCCUCCCCUCAUCCGCCCUCCUACCUGUUCGGCACCAUCCAUGUGCCGUACACACGCGUGUGGGACUUUGUGCCUGAGAGCUCGAAGCGGGCUUUCCAGAGCAGCACCAGCGUGUUCUUUGAGCUCGACCUGACCGACCCUGUGACCGUGUCCAAACUGGCCAGCUGCCAGCUCUUACCCAAUGGCGAAAGCCUGAGGAGCCUGCUGCCCCGAGAUAUCUACCUCCGACUGAAGCGCCACCUGGACUACGUGAGGCACAUGAUGCCGGCGUGGGUGAGGGCCGAGCAGCGCUUCUACGCUGACUACCUGUUCAAGGCCAUUGCGGGAGACUGGGAGCGCAAGCGGCCCGUCUGGGUGAUGCUGAUGGUGAACUCACUGACGGAGUGGGACGUGAGGUGGCGUGGAGCUCCUGUGCUUGAUCUGUUCCUCGCCCGUGAGGCUGAGCGCAUGGGCAAGAAGACAGGAGCUGUGGAAAAUGUUGAGGAGCAGUGUCACCCUCUAAACGGACUUAGCUUCUCCCAGCCAAGCAGCUUUGAUGGUGCAGUUUGGCAGUGUUUGGUAGCACUGGUGGAGGCGUCUGCAUUAAACGUUCUGUUUGCACUGAAUCAGACACUGCGGCAGCAUGAAGGCGUGCGCGAGGGAAGUGUUCAGGGUCCCUUCACCACUGAGGACCUCAUCACACACUACAACUGUGGAGACCUCGGCUCUAUCAUCUUCAACCAUGACACCUCACAGCUCCCUCACUUCCUGAACAGCUCUCUGCUGGAUGACGAGCGAUCGACGGCACAGCAGAUCGACAGCUACCUCCGCCAGGAGCUCAUCUACAAGCGCAACGAGCGAAUGGCUCUCCGAGUCUCCGCCCUCCUCCAGAGGAGCCCCGCCCAGCGCUUCUUUUUCGCAUUCGGCGCCGGUCACUUCCUGGGCAACCACAGUGUCCUUGAUAUCCUGCGCCAGGAGGGGUAUGAGGUGGAGCACACACCGGCUCAGGAGCCUGCUACACCAACCUGGCCAGAGAUAGAAGGAACCACUGUGACGGAGAGUGGGGGAGGUCCGGAGCCAGUCACCGAGGACACGGUACAACCUAUGGAGGUAGACGAGAAUUUUCCCCACCUGCUGGAGCCAGACAGUCUGAGUCAGCUGGAGGAGUUCGGAAGACACCAGCGCCCCCGGAAGGCCCAGAGGCCUCACAGCAGGCAGAGGCUCUUCAGCGACCUGUGGGUUCGAAUCGGAUACAGCACGACUUCACUUCCGAACAUACACAGAGCCGAUAACUAUGUGACGACGUCGCUAAAUCUGCUGGACGAUCAGCAGAGAAGACGAUCAUCACUCGGCGAUCGCCAAGAGACUCCUCCCCCAGGCAGAGCUACCGGAUUAGCCACGCCCACACAUGGAUAUUACACACUGUCUACAAUGCUGGCGUGCCUUCUAACACAAGUGCUGCUGCGCUUACGUGUUGACCACAAGAGGGAGCCAAAAAGACACAGAACCAUUAUAAACUAAAGACAGGUGUUUCUGUGACUAUAUGGAGUGCAAUUAUGUUUAUAUAUAUAUAUAUAUAUAUAUAUAUAUAUAUAUAUAUAUAUAUAUAUAUAUAUAUAUAUAACGACAUCAGCAGCAAAAAACAAUAGUAAAUGCUCAUUUGAAAUGAAGUGACAAUUUGUAGCGGUCACAUGAUGCAUUUGAAGUGAUCCGAUUGGCCGAUUCGGAUAUGGAAUUAGAAACACCAGUUACAAACUACCACAUACCAGAGUCCAUUUGUCAUUUAUUCUCUUUAUACUUAAAUAAUUUUGAUAAUUUAUAGUAUUGCCUUUAGCGAGAUAUGUUCGAGUUCCCUGUAAUUAAACUGAGCUAAGUCCAAAAAUGUACUAAUUAUAACUCGUAGUGCCUCGAACGAAACAAACUUCAAGUGCCUCAAAGUUGGGGUUUGGUGAAAUGCUGCUCUAUAAAAACAUCACCUUCCUUCGACAGAAAAUAUAAAUGCCUUAGACUAAGAUCAUUAACGACAAAGAAGAUGGCGAAGUCAGGAAUAAAAUACUCGUGCGUCAUGCUGUUAGAGGAAAAUUACCCUUGAUAAAGCGAUGUAAUGAAGUGGUGUUAAUGUUACCACACACAAAGUGGAUUAUUUACCAUUAAUAGCACAUCCUGAAUUGUUUAAUUCCUUCAACACCACAGCAAUUUGUCUGGAACUGUACAUUUUAACCCAAUUUCUAAUGAUACACAUAAAAAAAAGCUCAUGUUCCAGAGAAAAUGCAAUCUUUACCUCUGACUGUGACGAUACACUGAUACUUGAAACUUCUUCCAUAAACGUUACAUCAGUGGCUCCUUGGAGAACUCUUUACCAGUUGUAAGAACGUUGAGAAGUUAGGUGUUAGAAAAAGAUGCCACCAGGAUGGUGUGUCGAUCGGAAACAUGCAGAACCACAUGGCAUCUAAAAUAUCAAAUAAGAAAACACAGACAAAUCUCACGAAUCAGUAGAACAAUUAACAUCAUGCGCAUAUUUUUACAUAAUAAUUACAUUCACCCACAUUUAACUAAUUCAACACGUUAAUCAGGAGAGUUUAAUAAAUUCCAGAUGCUAAGAAGCAAAGGAACACGGGUCUAAUAAAAACAGGCUUUAGAGCGACCAUAAAUCUGAGCAAUACAACCUUAUAUAACAUACAAAAAAAAAGAAACACAAAUAACAAACUUAUGGCAUGUUGGAGCCUCCAAACACAGGCUACGUAUAGCACUGGCUGCAGCUGUGACUUCCCAGCUCUUCACCAGUCUUCAACUUCGACUGGUCAUGUGGGAAUUCCCAACACAUGCCUGUAAACCUAAAAUCUGCUGCUAGUAUAGAAAAGCUUUUGAUCAAUCAGAAUCCAGAAUUUGGCAGCGAGAUGAUAAAAUGAAAAUGAAAUGUUUCACGUCUAAAAAACAUCAAACAGCAAUGAUGAUAAUAAUAAUAAUAAUGAUAAUAAUAAUAAUAAUACAUUAAUAACUGACAAGAGUUCACACCCUUAUGCUUUGUACAAUUUGUUCAUAAAGAAAUGUUGUAUAUUUAUUUUGUAAAGAGUAUAUUUUCAUGCAUUUGUCAAAUAUUGAACAAUAAAAAACGAAUAAAAUCUGGAGGGAAAUGUGCAUCAUGUGAUCCAUAUUUUUAAUGGAAUGACUGUAGGUCCUGUGUUUAAAUGGAAGUAUCCAUCCAGUGAUCCUUCUUCUUUCCAGAUCCAUCCUGAUGCCCUGUUUCUGGAUGUUGCUGCAGCUGAGGAAGGUUCCUUAUAAACAGUCUAAAGAUCCAUGAUGUUACUAUGGAAGGUUCAACUCAAGAAUUAUGAAGAUGGAUUUGGAUUAUAUUUAAUAGAAUCAGUCUGCAAAAAUGAUUUGAGAUAAUGAUGCACUCGAGUGUCCAUCAGUGAACAGCUGAUAACCUAAACAAUAAUGUAACUCUAAUAAAAGGUUAUUCGGUGUCACCCAGGGAAAGAUGGGUUCCCUUUUGAGACUGGUUUCUCUCAAAGAUUUCUCCUCACCACCGUUGCCACUGGCUCGCUUAUCAGAAAAAAUGAAUAGAGAAAAUUUUAUGAUUGCUAAAAUGUUAUGUUUAUAAUCUAAUUAAUUUUAUAAAGCUGCUUUGGGACAAAAAGAUGAGCGUUCCUUUAGAAGUACAAAAAAGUCUUUUACAUGUACAUGAUAGAAAAAUUACUUAUUUGUGUUUCUCAGAAAUGUUAGGAGCUAGGGUUAAGGGACUUGCUCAGGGGCCCAAGUUUGGCAUCUGGGAAAUACUGGGCCUUCCUCUGAGCUACCACUCCCCCACUAGAAAAGUAAAAACUAAAAAAGUUUUUUUAUUUGCUAAACCUAAACACCAACCAGCAGGUGGCGCUCGUGUUAUGUGUAUAUAUCUAUCAUUGACCAACACUG